AUGGUGCGGUCACGCUGAUUAGCAAUAAACACAAUUUGGUUAAAUUAGUGAAACAAAAACAAAAACACCAAACAAAUGCAGUGAUUGGGAUUCUAGCUGCACACAGUCGCGUCGGAACAGCAAGGAUUACACGCAGGACGUGAUGAUGGUCGUCGGGGCACUCUGGCCACUAGCCAUUUUGGUGGCCUCAGCCACUGCCUACAAGAACGUUCGCCUCCAGGACAACAUGUGCUCGGACAAGCUUUUCUACACACUGGCCAAGCCCUUUCGGGGCGAUCCCACGGUGCGGCUGGAGUUCGAGGACACCUCCGGAGCGAUCGUGACCCAGAUGUGGAAUCUGACACUGCCCCAAGGCCAUGCGGCCAACAAGAUCAAGUACGACUGCCAGUUCCGGGUGCUGACCAGCGAUCGACCCCCGCGCGGCAUCUACACCAUCAUCACACGGCUCAAGUUCCGGCGCGAUCCCGUGUCCAAGGAGUGUAUCGACUACAUCCAGUUCAGUAGUGGCAACCGCUCGCCCAGCGAGCGCAUUUGCAAUGAUAUCUCCAUUGACGGCCCCGCGGGACGUUUGAUCUUUGACCAGCGCGACCGCGAAGUCAACGUGCACAUCUUCAUCGAUCGAACGCGCCACAUACUGGGCGACCCGCUGGAGCUGCGCAUGGUGCUGACGGCCCACUCCGAGUGCCAGUUCAACGGGGACUUCCUAUGCGAUCCCGGCGACCAGUACUCGUGCAUCUCGCGCCACUUUGUGCGGGACAACAUCACCAACUGCCUGUAUCCGUGCCGGGACGAGGGCACCUGCUUCCACGACGCCAUCGUGCCGGAGGAGAUCGACACGGCCAAUGUGGCCAUCUCGGCAGUACAUUUUCUAAAUGCUUAGAUACUAAAAAUAGAAAUAAUUGCGUUCAGCCCGUAUCGAAGUAAUUGUUCUUCUAUAAUUUUUUUUUAUUGGAGGGUACUAAAAUAGGAGACCUAAAGCCGGAGUUACUAAUACUAUCAAGUUUUGUUAAAUUCAAAGAAAUGAUUAAAAAACUUAACUUUCAUUCCAACAA